CCAUAGGCUGGAGGCAAACGCUGCCCCUUCCCUCGGCGGCUAGUUCUUGCGUUCCGGCAUGCCCUCUCCUUACGCCUCCCGGUUGCUAAGCGGCGACUGAAUUGAAAACGAGUCGGAGGCGCGAAAGAGCUGCGGGCCGGCGGGAGUGGGAGGAGGAGAACCUGCCUCUUGGCGUCGCUCUUUGGCGUCCGAUAAAGGAAGGCGGCUUCGGACGUUACCAGCUGUGCUUGCAUCUUCUGGAACGGAUAAAGCCAGACUUUUUGGCCUCGGCAGUCGCUGCCCCGAAUGAAAAUGGGCGCUAAGUCUGACCAGCUCCUCAUUGUGGUGUCUAUCUUGGAAGGGCGUUAUUUCCCAAAACGUCCAAAGCGUAUGCUGGUGGUAGAAGCAAAGUUUGAUGGCGAACAUUUAGCUACAGAUCCUGUAGAACAUACUGAUCAACCAGAAUUUGCCACAGAAUUAGCUUGGGAGCUUGAUAGGAAAGCACUUCAUCAACACAGAUUACAGCGUACGCCUGUCAAGUUGCUGUGCUUUGCUUUGGAUUCUGUAUCUUCAGUUAAAGAGACAAUAGGUUAUAUUGUGCUAGAUUUAAGAACUGCUCAAGAGAAAAAGCAGCCAUCAAAAUGGUAUCCUUUACUCAGCAACAGAUAUACAAAAUUUAAGCCUGAAUUGCAACUAAAUCUGAUGUUAGAAACUGACACCAAAGCAUCCAUCGAUGGUUUUAAAGCAAGGGAAGCACCUCCCAGAGAAAUGGCAGUAUCUUUUCAGUUUCCUGGAUUGGACCCCAAAAAUCUUAUACCUGUGCUAAAUGAAGAGGAAGGAUAUCAUCAAAUUGGACCAGCAGAAUAUUGUCGUGACUAUUUUGUUUUGUCAGUUACUAUUGCAUUUGCUACACAAUUAGAACAGUUAAUACCUACCACAGUGAAAAUUCCAGAACGAAAGCCUGAGUUCUUCUUUUAUUAUUCACUACUUGGUAAUGAUGUUACCAAUGAACCAUUUUCCGACCUGAUGAAUCCAAACUUUGAACCAGAAAGAGCAUCUGUUAGAAUACGCAGCAGCAUUGAAAUUCUAAGAGCUUAUUUUUUUGCUCACUCAAAGUUGCAGAUUCAUCUCUGCUGUGGGGACCAAUCUCUUGGAAGUACUGAAAUUCUUUUAACUAGCUUAUUAAAGAAAGGAAGUGCCGAAAUUUUCCAGCAUCCAGUAGCUAUAGAAGGAGCAUUUAUUCUUGUUCCACCUAAUAGAGCUCGGCAAAAACUGCCACCCAUGCCUUUGGAUAUGGCACCUACUGUCGGAGUAUCAGUUUCACUUCAAAAGGAUGGCAGAAUUUGUCAGCCUAUAAUCCAACCAGCUGCAAAGCCUGAGACUGAAAAUGUGAAAAGAGACUUGUCUCCAAUACCUGAUAAAGAAGGGAGACCUGAAAAUGGCUCUCAAGAUAUCCUACCUCAGACACAGCAUUCGCCUCCCAUAAAAGAAGAUGCUACAGAAAGUGAAGUAGAAAGUAUUCAAUAUGACAAAAAUCCAAAAUUACAGAAAAAAGCUUUGAAAAGUAAAAUGCCUGCUUCUCAGACUCAACAUCCCAGUACUUCUGAAUCCACUACAGGACAAAAAAUUGCUGUUCCUGCAUCAUCCCAUCAUUUUUGUUUUUCGAUAGAUUUACGAGCUGUCCAUAAUCUGGAUGCUGGAUUUCCUGUUAAUUGUAUGUUAAGGUAUUCAUACCCAUUUUUUGGCAGUGCUGCACCCAUUAUGACAAAUCCUCCUGUGGAAGUAAGAAAAAACAUGGAAGUAUUUCUUCCACAGUCUUACUGUGCAUUUGAUUUUGCAACUAUGCCCUAUCAGCUUCAAGAUACCUUUUGCAGGUUACCAUUGCUAGUGGAACUGUGGCAUAAAGAUAAAACAACUAAAGACUUGCUUCUAGGAGUUGCAAGACUCCAGCUUUCGAAGGUUUUGUCCAUGGAAAAAACACGUUUUCUGGGAGGAAAUGGCGAGCAGUGUUGGCGUCAGACUUUCAGUGAAACUAUUCCUUUUACAGCAGCACAAGGGCCAAGCAACAAGAUUGCAGAUCUUUCAUAUAUAGUGACUCUAGAAGAUUAUGGACUGGUGAAAAUGCACGAAGUAGUGGUGUCUGAUUCUUCUCGGUGUUUAGGUGCCGAUGAGGUACUAGGUGUUCCUAAAGUACAGCCUGAAGUCCAUACUGAACCAAGAGAAACUCUGGAAUAUAAAGCAGCACUUGAACUAGAAAUGUGGAAGGAACUACAGGAAGAUCUUUUUGAGAAUCAGUUGAAGAAGAAGGAGUUGGCUCAUAUGCAAGCACUGGCAGAAGAGUGGAAAAAAAGGGAUAGAGAAAGAGAAGCCUUGGUAAAGAAAAAAGUUGCAGAGUAUACAGUUUUGGAAGAAAAACUUCAGAAAACUUUAACUGACUUAGAAAAACGUGAAAAACAGCUGGUCAGUGCUGAAGCUGAGCUCCAGCGGUUAAAGAAGGAACUCCAAGCAGAACAUGAACGAAAUCAGCGAGAAGUUCAGGAUACAAUACGACGAGUCAGACAAGAAUGUGCACACCAGAUUGAGCUGGAAAGGGCGAGAAUUAGGCAAUUUGAAGAGGGCAAGAUCCGUGCACAAGAACAACUAUAUGAGACAGAAAACAAGCAUAAGGCUCUGGAGAAAGAAUUUCAGCAAUAUAAGGAGCAACAGAGUAACCGACCGGAAAUCCGACUGCAAUCAGAAAUAGGCAUUCUAACUUUAGAGAAGGGGGAUCUUGAAAGAAAGUUGGAAUCGGCUACUAAAGCAAAACUACAUUACAAGCAACAAUGGGCACGAGCUUUGAAGGAACUAGCAAGACUAAAACAGCGUGAGCAAGAGAAUGCUAUGGCCCGUCUUAAAAAGCAGCAGCAAGAACUUGAACACAUGAGACUUCGGUACCUUGCAGCAGAAGAGAAAGAAUUAGGGAAGACACAACGGCAAGAGCUAGAGGAUAUCAGAAAUGAACUGAACAGAUUGAAACAAGAAGAAGACAAGAAAAAAUCACAAGAUGGCCAAGAGUUGUUGGGAGUCCAAUUGCAAAAUGCUCACUCUGGGAAAGGAGACGAAGCUUUGGAUGACUACCUUGCACGUCUAAUAGAGGAGAGGGAUACCUUGUUGAGAACAGGUGUUUAUAAUCAUGAAGAUCACAUCGUAAGUGAGCUUGAUCGUCAAAUCAGUGAAGUGCUUAUAAAAAGAAAUAGAAGCAAGUAGCAGGACUCAGAGAAUUGGUCAUAUAUAUAUGUGUGUGUGUGUGUACAUUUUUUACUUCCAAAAUUCAAGUUUCAGCAAAUGGUAGAUUGAAUCAGAUUUUGAAGGAUUUGUGUAUAUACUCUUCUGUCUUCCAAGACUUACUGCUGUAUUCAAACAUCACUACACUACUUUUGAGAAAUGAGAAGAAGCAUUGACUACUUCAAUUAUUUUAUUAUUUUUAACCUAUUUAUUUAUGUCAAUUGGUCAGUAUUGCAAAAGCUUUUAUUUACACAGUGGAAGUAUUUCUUGUCAGAAUUUUUUGCUUGCUUAUUUUAUUACAUGUCUGAUUUUUUAAUACAUUUAUACUUAAUAUUUAUAAUAAAAUGCCAUUUUAAUAAAACUGCAUUUAGGAAAAUUUCCUACAGUAAUUUGUAGUAACUUUUAAGCAAAAUUGAGAUUACAUCGCACCUUGACAUUUAAUACUUUUCUUCAUACCACAGAUUUUGCUUUAAACAAACUACUAUACUUAUUCAGAUGAUUGGUUGUUUAACAAUAGGUUGUAUGAAUAAGCCCUUAUUUAGGUUGAAAAGCACAAUUCUUACUGACAAGUAGCUGGAUCCUAACCAAGUUAUGUUGAUCUCAGUUUUCUGUAUUAAUCACAAUUCAGUUAAGAUCCAUCAAGCAAUGGCACCUGAUUUAUCUGGUCCAUAUUUGUACUGAAGUAAAUGGUGGAAGAGUAUUUGGAAAAUUUGGUAGCGGAUGGCCAAGUUUGUAAGUGCAUUUCUCUGAUCUGUAAAAGGAGAUGGAUUACUUAAUAUCACAUCAUUUAUAAACACUGCAUAUCAAAUAGUUGUCAGAAUAGAUUAAUGUUUUCCUUACACCAAUAUUAUUUUCAUCCAUAUAUUAAAAUUUAUAUAUGGAAUUAAGUGUGGGGUUAUCUGUAUAUCUGGAAGCUACUGCCUAUAUCAGUUGUCCAAUCCAACACUAAACAAGGGCGCAUUUGUUUGGAUAUUACUAUGCAUGCAUCUCAUUACACAGUGAUUUUACAUGUGUAAGAUUUUGUGAUAUAAAUAAUCCAACAUAGCAAGCUAUGGUUCUAUGCUUAAAAUUGGAGAUGAACCGGAGAUGAACGAGAACGACCCUUCCUCUUCCCUCCUCAAAAUUUAAAAGAAAAAACAAAAAACAAAACAAAAAACAAAUGGAAAAUAAAAUGGUUAAUUCAACAGUAUAAUUAUCCAUAUGUUGGAUUUAAUUAUUUAAUUAAAUUUAAUUAUUAAAUAUCCAUCUCUUUAAAGGAUAUUUUAAAAGAUGUUGGUAACUUAGGCUAUACAAAUAAUUUACACAUAGAUACUCUAAUCCUAAAUUUUACAUUAUCGUGCUUGCCAUGUUUUAUUUAUAUUUUAUUGAUAUUCCUGCUUGAUUGUUGUGCGAUGCCCAGAGUCAUUGAAAGUUGGGCAACAUACAAAAUUAAUAAUAAUAUAUUUACCACCAGGUAAAAAGGUAAAAAGUAACAAUGGAGAAAAGUUUCAACACAGAAUUGAUUUUGGACUUAAAAUCAUAUCAUGCCGUUUGUUUCUGCCUGAGUUAGCCAUAUAAACUUUGGUGAUGCAUAAUUCUCAGCAAUAUGCUCAGUGCUUGUUAUGGAUGGAGUGUCAAAUGUGCAUGUGAAGUAUGGGAUUGUUUUAUUCUGUGGUUUGGAUAGGAAUCUACAUCUUAAUUCUUUCAUAGAUACUAGUCUGAAUGUUGCCUGCCCUCACCAUUUCUUUGUGCAUACAAGUGAAAACAUUCACAAGGCAUUUUUCCUCUCACUAAUUAAUAAGGAACUUAGUUUAUCUUUUAUUUUACAUCCAUAGUUUAAAAUAACUGAGACUGCAGUGUAGCCUUAGUCAGGAUGAUGCCAGAAGUGAUGGAAUUCUGAAUGUGAUAUGGGUAGAAAGAAAAUGGGAAAAUAUCACUUUAACACUGGGCAGUGUGUCUUCAAUAACAGCCCCUUUUUCUUUUCCAGUUUCUUAUCUAAUGAGGAAUUCAAAAUAAUUUAAAGAUUUGUGACUUUAAAUGUUGUAAUAUGAACAAUGGGUUUUUUUCUGAUGACAAAUUAUUAUUUUUGUAAACUUAAAAUAUUUUAUAUUCUAUAUUGAAUGUAUGAAAGUAAUGUGAAAGUUUACUUCAAAAAUUGGUCAUAAAAUGGGAUUUUUUUAGUAAAAAAAAUCAUCUACUACAUACUGGUGGUGAAAGAAACUCAAUUUUUCCGCAUUUUGAGACAAAAUACAUUUGUAUUUGCCACACAUAUUCUGUUAGAAUAUUUUCAUUACACUUCAAAUCUCACUUCUACACUGAAAAUCAUAUAUCUUACCAUAUUUGUGGCUUUGUUUAUAUUAAGGAUUUUAAAAGGUAUUUAAAAAUAUAUUUACAUUGUAAAUCUAGUCACGCUGUAAUUCAUUUUAAGUAACCACAUUUUUGCUGAUUAUUCUUUUAAAGGACUGAAAGGGGGGGAAAAUCUUCAGUUAAUUUUCUUUAACUGUGCCAUUUGCAUUUAAAGAUUUUGUAAUGUUGAACAGUUUACUGCUAUAUGUGAUAUAUUUGCAAUAAAUCACUUCCAUAAUUAUUAUCCUAGAAUUUAAAUAAUGCAAUAGUGAGCAAUUAUAAUUUGUAAAUAAUUUAAUUUAUUGCAUUGCUAACAUGUCAUAAAAGAAAAUGCCAAUAAACCUGAAAUAUUCUUUUAUGUUUCGUGCAGUUAUAUUGUAUAGGUUUAAAAUGUAAAUCAAAUAUUGAAUUUGCAACUAACUCUCUAACACUAGAGGGGGCCUUAACAUUAAAUAAAGGCCAUUUUUUCAAUCUAAAAUGUAUUUUAAGGUUUGGUGAGCAUGAAUUCAACAUAAACCUUGAAAUACGUGUUAUCUAACUCCUUUUAAAAUAGCAUUAAAUAUUAUUUCACAUACAUUCCUUUGAAGAUAAAAAUACCCAAGUAGAGUCCAUUAUACUUUCUAAGUAUCUUCUUAAGUAUAUCUGUGAAGCUUAUGCAGCACUUGAUGCUUUGCAGCUCCAAAGAUGCCUUUUCACAAGGAAUUGGAUAGCAAAUCAAGUUUAACCAAGUCAGUUAUCACAAGAGAAAGUGGGCUAGUGUCUAUUGGUUUCCAAUUUUUCUCCACAAACCAGGUGAUGAAUAUGGAUAUAUUUGGUUCCAUUGUAAAUUUUUCUUUGGUGUGGAAGAGAUCCCUAUAUGUGCAGGAUGGAACAUUAUUUAACACUUGCAAUAUUCAACUUCGACACUUCCUAAUAAUCUGUAGGAGAGCCAGUUUGGUGUAGUGGUUAAGGCAUCAUGAUGGAAACCAGGAGAGUUCUAGUCCACCUUAAGUACAAAGCCUGCUGUUUGACCUUGGCCUAGUCACUUUCUCUCAGUCCUAGUAAGGAAGCAAGGGCAAACCACCUCUGAAAAACCUUGUCAAAACUGAAGGGACUUGUCUAGGUAGUCGUCUUAAAAAUGGGACACAAUUAAACAGAAGCAAGCAAAAAGUCUGUAAUGAAACAAUAAGUAUUUAUGAAUAUGUUCUUAUUAUUUAUAAAAUUGCUUUGUCUCCUUUAUUGACUUGAUUUUCAUUCCAAACAGCAAAACAGCACUUAAUUUAUUAGCAUUAUCUGAUUCACUUUUUCCACCUUCAUUGUUAACAGCUACACAUAGAUAAAUACUA